GAAGGAUGUCUGUGUCUGUUGCUAAGCAGCAGUUUACCUGCAGAGCAAAGUGAAGCCGACCUGUAAGGUGAGACGCAGAGGACGGAAGGGAGCUGGACAAGGACUCAUGGACGGAAAAAUACUGGUUCGAUAAGAUGCUGUCUAAAGACUGAAGAGGACUCAAACCUGGACAGAUGGCGUUGGCGAGUGGUCACUGGGUGGACAAACAGGUGAGAGGAGACGCUCCGAGUCCCAGACAUGGCCAUGCCCUGGCUGUGGCGGGAAACAUUGCGUUUGUGUUUGGAGGCGUUUCUGACAUCAACCAGGACAAUAUUGUUUACUUCCAUGACUUCUACAUGCUAACAGUUUCUCCUGAUAAAGUGUUGUGGGAGGAGAUUCCUCAGAGCGGCGACGUUCCAUCUGCCCGGAGAGGUCACACACUCUGUGUCGUCAGAGGGAAGCUGUACCUGUUUGGAGGUGUGUCCAGUCCCAAAGCCACAGAAUGUCUGCCAGGCGUCUACUGUUUUGAUAUCGUGUCUCUGAACUGGGAUAGUUUAGUCACUGGGGCUGUGGCCCUCAGAGCUGUCCAUCACAGCUCUGUUGCUGUGGGAGACAACAUCUAUGUCUACGGAGGAAUUCUGGAAGGGAAUCCAACUGACGACCUCAUGGUUUUCAACACAGUGUCUCUGAUGUGGACGCCGGUGAAAACCAGCGGAUCACCGCCUCCUGCUCUCUUUGGUCAGAGUUUUGGUCUGGUUGGUGAUCAGCUCUUCAUGUUUGGAGGUCAUGGAGCAGAUGGAGAGUUCUGUAAAGAUCUCUAUGUUCUCAGCACAGAGAACUUGGUGUGGCAAAAGUGGGAAGUGAAGGGAGAAUGUCCAGCAGACUGCCGCGGACAUACGCUGACCGCGCAUCACGACAAAGAUCUUUACCUGUUUGGAGGCAACAUUACAAACGAGAACGGCACAGUGACAUCGUCCAAUGAAAUUCAUAAACUCAGCAUUGCUAAGUUGAAGUGGAAGGUUCCGCUCUACGUUGGGAUUCCUCCGGUCCGUCGAUACGGACACACCUCCUUCAUCCUCCACAGCCACCUGUACAUAUUUGGAGGGAAGAAUGAAGAGCAGGAGUUUAAUGACCUGAAGGUGAUGAAACUGAUCAACCCCUCAGAAAGACAACCAGUGAUGAAGGAGAUUCUGUCUGAGUUUGGUCUUCAGGGGGUCAGUCACAGUUUCACUCCCACAAAGGUUCCUAACGUUCGCUACGAGCUGAGUGAGUCGGUGCCGUCCAACCACAUCAGAACCACUGCGGCUAACGCACAGGAGGUUUCGGUCCACAUCGGGGACUUCAGGGUCUUCAGAGAUCAGGCUAUGGACAUGAUCCAGACCGCCUUCGACCUGCUGGACCAGGAGUUCCACAAACUGGCCCGACUGAAGUGGGAGUUUACCAAAGCUGCAGCUGAUCUGCAGAAAGCCAAAGAAGCUCAAGAAGUCCAGAGACAACAACAGCAGCAGGAGCUCCAGGAGAUGCUGGAGCGACAUCGCUGUCAGAAUGAGGCGUGGCUUCGUGCGAGAGCGGAGGAGAAUGACCGGGAGAGGAAGGAGCUCUGCAGACAGAGAGAGGAGGUGCUGCAGCAGCAGGAGAGACUGAAGGAGGAAGACAACAACAUCCAGAGACGCAGCCAACACCUGCUGUCAAUCAUGGAACAGUUCAAAGGAAUGUAGACAGACAGGCAGACAGAGAAAGAGACAGGAAUACAGACAGAGA